AUGGAUCGAUAGGAAGAAAUCAAGAUCAACGCCAACAGGUUCGUCACACAAAAUGAAGGAAAGCUAAGAGAUCACUAUAGAAUUGGCAAGAUGCUUGGAAGCGGCGCAUUUGGAGAAGUCAGGAUGUGCGUUCACAGAGAAACAGGUGCCCAAAGAGCUGUUAAAGUACUAAGAAAGAGCCAUAUGGAUGAAGAUGAGAAGAAAAUGCUUUUUAACGAAAUCAACAUAUUGCGCGAAUUGGAUCAUCCUAACAUCGUCAAAAUGUACGAGUUCUUUGAAGAUGAGAAACGUUACUACAUUGUGACUGAGUAAAAUUUAAAUAUUGUCCAACUAUUUAGGAUCUGUAAAGGAGGAGAGUUGUUCGACGAAAUUAUAGCAAGAGGAAAGUUUACAGAGAAAGAUGCUGCGAUUCUUAUGAAAUAAGUACUCUCUUGUGUCAACUAUUGCCACAAAAACAACAUUGUCCAUAGAGACCUUAAGCCAGAGAACAUUCUUUUAGAGCAAAAUAAAGACUUCGAUCAAAUCAAAAUUAUUGAUUUCGGUACUUCCCUCGUCUAUGAUAGUGCUAAAUCACUUGAUGAGAAACUAGGAACUCCCUAUUACAUCGCUCCUGAGGUCCUCAACAAGAAGUACAACGAGAAGUGUGAUAUCUGGUCAUGUGGAGUCAUCACAUAUAUCAUCCUCUCUGGCAUGCCACCAUUCAACGGGCAAAGCGACCAGGAGAUCAUGAAGAAAGUUAGAAUUGGAAAGUUCUCCUUCUCUGAUCCAUGCUGGUCAAAUAUCUCAGACAAAGGAAAGGACUUUAUUACUAAACUCCUUACAUAUGAUGUUGAGCAAAGACCAUCAGCUGAAGAUGCUUUAUAACAUCCCUGGAUUAUUGAUAAUAGCACAUAAAGUGUUGACUCAACUGUAGCUGUAGGAGCACUUUAAAAUUUGAAAACUUUUAGAGCUGACUAAAAGCUAAAACAAGCAACCUUUGCAUUUAUUGCCUCCCAACUUCUGUCCAAAACAGAGAAAGAAAGCAUGGCUAGAAUUUUCAAAGCCAUUGAUAAGAAUGGAGAUGGAAAACUUUCUUUAGAUGAAAUCUUAAGUGGAUAUUCGUUAUUUUUUGGACCAUCAGAUCCAGCUGAUAUUGAGAAAAUGUUUAAAGCUGUUGACUUUGACCAUAGUGGAUUUAUUGAUUACUCCGAGUUUGUUGUUGCUGCAAUGAAUGAAAAGAAUUUACUUACAAAUGAGAAACUUCAAUCUGCAUUCAGAAUGUUCGAUAAAGAUAAUAGUGGGUUUAUCUCAUCAGAUGAAAUUAAGGAAAUCCUAGGUUUUGGAAAGACUCUCAGUGAGGAAGCUGUCAAUGAAAUCAUCAAGCAAGUCGAUGCAAAUGGUGAUGGACAGAUUUCCUUUGAAGAAUUCUCAACAAUGAUGAAAAGAAUAGCUGCAUGA